GCUUCCAAGAGAUUAUUUUCCCUUCAUCUAUUGUCCUGCUUGCAAAAAAGAUAUAUUUGAAGAUAAAAAAAUGAUUGAUCAUUUAAGCACAGUUGAGCACGAAAAUCAGCUACUUUACACUUCAAACAAAUCUUUAGAACAAAGUAAUCUCUCAGAUUGUUUGCCUGCAUCUAAAACUAUUGUUGAUGAAUUAUGCAAUCAAAUGAUAAGAAAACCAAAAAUGGACAAUAAAAAGCAUAACAGAAGCACUAUUCACUUUAAUAGUGAAUACAGCAAAAUAUUUCUUGAAGAAGGUCCAUUUAAUAUAUUUAAUGCAACUCAAGAAAAAAUAAAUUAUUUGCUAUUAGGAGUCACAUUAUUGCUUCAAGUUGAAGAGGAUAAUUUCUGUCUCGUUUGUUGUAUAAAGGUACCAAACAGUUUACAAAAUAUUUUUGAACAUUUAUUUAGUUUAAAUCAUACUUAUAAGCUUGAAAAAUUAAUGGACGGUGAUCGUGAGUUUAAAAAUUUUCCAGUUCAGUUUAGUGAUCUUGCUUUAGCUAAGGAAUUUAUGAAAGAAGUUAACAAUGACAUUACUUUUUGUUUUGCUUGUAAUAAAGAUGUCAUUAAUAAUGACAGUAUAAUUAAAAAACAUAUUGAUUCAGAAGUAAAUCAUUUAGUAAAGGCCCAAAGUCAGAAACAAUUAAAUCUUGAACAUUUCAAUACAUUUCUGGAUCAGCUAAAUAAUUGUUGGUAUAUUGUUCAACGAUUUUCGUGUCAGUUGUGUAAUAUGAAAUCCGAAUAUGAAAUUGAUUUUGCAGAACACUUACAAAGCAAAAAGCAUUCAAUACAAUUGAAGAAAAUGAUUAAGAAAGGAGAUAAAGUUAGUUUUGAUGUUUGCCUUCCAUGUGCAAGUAUAUGCUAUGGAAAUUCAGAUACGUACACCAAACAUUGUGAUAAUACAAUGCAUAAAUACUUAGUUAAAAGCAAAGACUAUGAAGUAGUGGAGAUGAAUAAAUCUGCCGUGAAUUUACUCAAUAACUUUAAAGAAAUAUCAGAGUCUUUGCUACAUCAAUCCGAUGCAGCAACUGCUUCAGAAAAACACAUACGUUUACUUUCAAAAUUCAUAGAACAAACAGUUGCUUCACAAUAUCCAGGAGCUAGAGCUUAUGUUUUCGGAUCUAGAGCUGCUCAUUUAGCUUUUAAUAAUAGUGAUGUAGACGUCUUUCUAGAUUGCGGUAAUGGAUAUAACGGAAAUCAGUUGUUGUCCAAAAGUCGUGAAUAUUUAUUAAAUUCUGAAGAAUGUUUUAAAAAUUGUCCAGAUAUGUGGGAAGUGAAAGAAACAUUAUUAAAAGUCAGAGCCCCUAUAAUAAAAGUUUAUCACAGAGAAUUGGAAUUAAACUGUGAUUUGUCUUUCACUAAUGGUCUCACAGUGGAGAAAACGAAAAUAAUCAAGCUUUUUAUAACGUCGUUUCCGCUUUGUAGAAAAAUGAUAUUAUUCUUAAAAAAGUGGUUAAGUACAUGCUUACUGACACAUGAGCAAGGUUUAACAACAUUUGGAAUUACCUGGCUAGUCAUUUUUUAUUUGCAACACAUUCACAUAUUUCCAAGCAUUGCGGAACUAAUGAAACAGAAAAGCAAAUCAAUUGUCAUCGGAGAUUCCAGGUAUCAUGUAUACUUAACUGAAGAAUUAGUGCUUCAAUGGCAGGAAAAGAUGUCAUGUGCUGGAAAUACCGCUGAGGGUAUUUCAAAAGAUUUUGAUUCAGGGCCCUCAGAAAAUGCGACAAAGAUAGUACCUAAAUACUGUGGAAACGAAGGACACGAAUAUGAGGUAACAAUGCCCUUUGAGCAUGCAUCAGGGUCCACAGAAAAAGUGGGAAAGAUGUCGAAAUACUAUAGGAACGAAUGACAUGAAGAUGAGGCAGCAGAUUCAUCAGAGAUGUCAAAACCGGAUAAUCUAAAAAGGCGUCGUGAUUGUGGUAAAUUGUAACACCUUUUUCGUUUUAGCUUCAAAGUUAAUGUAAAACUAAAGUUUUAAUCGACCUCUUCUUACCGGGUAGUACUGUACGAUACUAUUACGUAUAGGGUUUUAAAAAUAUUUUGGUAAACUACAAAAAAUUCACAAAAUUGUCGAAAAUGGCUAUUUUUGUCUCUCUAACCUAAUAGAACUGAGUCGAGUUG